AUGUUGACAUUAGCAAUAGGAGAUAUAUAUAUUCCUGACAGGGCAUUUGAGCUUCCAUCGAAGUUUCGUAAAUUGCUUUGUCCGAAUCCCAAUACAAUUCCAACUAAUAAUAAGCUAUCAAAAGUUCUAUGCUUAGGGAACAUAACUAACUCGUAUGAUACAUUAAAAUUUCUCUACGAUUUAUCCCCAUCCUUUAAUAUGGUAAGAGGUGAGUUUGACAAUUCACACAUAUUAUCACAGCAAAUUGCAUCAUUGAAUGGUAAAGAAAGUCAAAUCCCCACGUAUAACAUCAUCCAGCACGACAAUCUAAGAAUUGGAUUUACAAAUGGUUAUUUGGUUGUUCCCAAGAACGACCCUCUCGCAUUACUGACAUUGGCCAGGGAAAUAGAUGUUGACAUUUUAAUCUGGGGUGGAACACAUAAGGUGGAAGCUUAUACUUUGGAUGGAAAGUUUUUUAUAAACCCAGGAAGUGCAACAGGAGCAUACAACUUUGAUUGGCCCGAAAAGGAAGAUGAAAGUGAGGACGAAGAAGAGGAAGGAGAAUAUCAAGAAGACUCUAAGGAAGAGAAUUCAGAACCUGCAAAGGAAGAAAGCGAGGAAAAAGACACAGCAGAGGAAGAAUCCAAGAAGGACGAAGGAAAUAAUGCUGACAAGAAGGAUGGGAUAGACAAUAGUGAACAGGACAACAAAGAGGGCGCUGAAGAAGAGGUUAAAGAACCUAGUGAACAAGAAAACGUGGACCCAAAAGAUAACGAAGACGUAGCAGAAAAGAACAAGGAAGACUCUAACGAUUCCGAUUCCGAUGAUACAAACCUAAUAGAAGAAGUCAAAGAGAUGUCAUCUUCUAUACCAUCGUUCUGUUUACUAGAUACACAUGACUCGACUUGUACAUUGUAUAUUUACACAUAUUUUCAUGGGGAAGUCAAGGUUGACAAAGUUACCUACCAAAAGGAAUAA